UAGAGUUUAUAGGUUGGCGUUAGUAAUCCUAUUAGGCGAGUUUAUCAUGGUGUGGGACUGCAGUGCACCGUGAUUUGAGUGCAAGCGAGUGAAGCGGGUGCAAGGCGCCGCAGUGAGGACUGAGGAGGGCGAGGAGAGAGGAGGUCGAAACUUUUUCAACUCAUUCACCGGUCGGCUUCGCGGGACAACGCGCGCGCCCUCCCGCUCCGUUUCCCAACGCGACUAUUGUUUGUCAACAAAUUAUGUAACGACAAAGUUUACUCUGUGUUUGGUGAGAUAAAAUCAUAAGACAGCAGUGUUCUUUUGUUUUAUUUAAACUAAACAACAUGUCAAGCUAGAAUCAAACAGUGGCACGAUGGACGGAGCUAACGCCGACUCGGAUCACUCUAUGACUUGGGAGGACUUUUUCGGUAGCACAACCGAUUUGACGCCCACGCUCAUCGGCAUAUAUGACUCACUCCUGGAGCCAGCCAAGAGUCUGCGGCCAGAUGUGACCCUUGAAACGGCAAAAGACGCCAGAAACGACCCACCGGUAGAAGACACAAUGACUGAAGAAACAAAAGACGAGCCUGUCCCAGAAAUAUCCAAAUCCCCACCGAAAGACCCCUCGAAAAUUGCCGGCAGCGUGAAACUACCCAUCGCAACGAUCAAUAAAAGUUCUUUAUACUACUCGUUACGAACUAAAAGUGAUAGAAAUGGUGCUAGUGAAGAAGAUAAGUGUGAACUCACGUCCAGUGAUUCGGUUCUCGUUAGGGAAACUAGGUUACAAAGGACGUUUAAGGAAACGAAAGAGACGUCCGCGUUCGACAAUCUAUCGCCGAAUGUUAAGAGGAUGAUAUCGAGUGCAUCAGAAACUACAACAGUGAAGCUCCAAAAGAAAACCAUCUCUGUCGGAAGGUCGUCUGCGAGGCACCGAUCUAACAUUCCCCUAGUCGGAGCGACGUCCAAGAUAUCUCAAUCGGGUGUCGAAAUAUUACCUUCAGUGGAGAUAUACGACCAACCUUGUAGCAUUAAAAAGUUCGGCAAACACAGACUCGAAGACGAGUCGCCGUCAAAAGCGUUAGUAAAACCGGAAUUCAAGAUAGACGAAGUUCAAACAACUUACGAUGUCCCAACGAACAACAGGCCUGCGAUAUACGACGUGCCGAAUGUAAACAAGACGGCGUUUGAGUCUCUAUCCCUGCCUUACAUUGACCAAUCCAUCGAGCUCUCUAUAACUUCCAACGAUAGAGAGUUCGAUAUAAAAUUGUCGUCCAAAGAAAGUUCUCCUUUGAAACCUGAACCAAAAAUCCCCCUCGAAGGAACUCCUGCCAAAGUCGCGAAGGUGAACGGGGGAACGAAUAGUUUGCACAGGAAGGACUUUAAGAACGAGAGUCCGGUGAAGCAGCUGGCGAAAACUGGACCUUACCCAGAGGCGAUAGGGUCGACUGGCAACUUGAAGAGCUGUGCGAUACCUGAGAUAGCGCGGUUGAAUCCUCCGGUGGAAGUUUCUCGACCGCUGUCGAUGAGUUCCAUUGCUUCGUCUAGCUCGACUUCGAGCAGCGGAGUUCAAAACAAAGGAGGAGUGAACUCGGCGUAUUUGGCGUCCAUCGAGAGCCUGGAUGACCAUAGUGACGCUGACAUGACUUCGGCCAACGGCAGUAAUAACUUUGUGAACAAUGCUGGCAUGAACACCAGUGUUUCGGAGGAGAGGAACUCGGAGGGCGUGUCGCAACAAAUGGGUACAGAGGAGCUGCCAGGCCUGACGCAGCUGGAGCGCGUGUGUGCUGAGAUCGUGCAGACGGAGAACGUCUACGUCGAGGACCUGAGGCAAGUGGUCGAGGGCUACCUUCACGUGUGGAGGAACGAGACGACGUUCUCCGAAGACGAGCUGGCGGAGCUGUUCAACAACAUCGAGGGGAUCUAUGCUUUCAAUAGGUCUCUCUGCGAAGAGCUGAACACCUGCCGCUUGGACGCCGUCUGCAUCGCCCGCUGCUUCGUCAACAACACGGCCGGCUUCUCCGUCUACACGUCCUACUGCACCGGUUACCCUCGCACCAUGGAGCGGCUGGCUGCCAUGGCGUCGAAACCCCAAAGCGCCAGAGAGUUCAGGGAAAGGCAGCUAGCGCUGGGACACCCGCUGCCAUUGGCGUCGUAUCUGCUCAAACCAGUGCAGAGGAUUCUGAAGUAUCACCUAUUGCUGCAGAACGUGGUGAAACAAUGCGCAUCCAGCGAGACGGAGUACGCUUUACUGAAGAUGACGGGCAUCGCUCAGCACAUUGAUGACAUGAAGCGGCGGCAUGAACACGCUGUUAGGGUCCAGGAGAUCCAGUCGCUUCUCUACGGAUGGAACGGUCCAGAUUUGACUACGUACGGAGAGCUUUGCGCCGAAGGAACAUUUAGGGUGCUCGGGGCUAAAGGCAUGAGACACGUGUUUCUCUUCGACAAAAUGCUGCUCGUCACGAAGAACAGGGAAGACGGCAUCUUGGCGUACAAGUCGCAUAUUAUGUGCAACAACAUGAUGCUAGUGGAAUCCAUAGCGGGGGCGCCACUGUCGUUCCACGUGAUACCGUGGGACGCGCCGCGUGCGCAACUCACGCUGCAGGCACGCUCGCUACGGCACAAGCGAGAGUGGACCUUAUUGCUGAAGAGGGUUAUUCUGGAGAACUACAAUGCUGUAAUACCGUCCCACGCCAGGCAGCUGGUAAUGGAGCUGGGUCAAAAUAAAACUGACGAUGAUAUGCUGGCUGAAAAAUCUCACAAUCUCAUCACACAAGCUUCAAUGAGAAAACAGCUGUCAGCACCAGAGUAUCUCGAGAAGCGGAAAAUAGACCGAGAAAGAAGAAAAUCCUUCGAAAACGGCAUCAGAGGCCGCUUGAAAAAGGCCAAUAGAAAAUACACAUUACCUAACUCUAGGUCCGAAUCUAGAGAAUGUGACUGCACUCAAGUAUCAGCAGAAAAAGGUACUGAUUAUACUUGUGAGAGCUGCUACGUAGACCUCUGCUCAGACUGCGAAACAGAAUUGUCUAAAGACAAAAGGGAAGACAAAUGUGGCUGCAGAAAUGAAGACGGAGAAGUGACUGGAGAGAAAUGCCCAGAAUGCGAUAGAUCUCUACAUUACAUCGAUUCUGGUAGCGCUGAACGUUUAGAACGAAAAACAUCUGACUGCAGAUGUUCUGACUUCAAAUCUUCUCAAGAAAGUUUCAGUAAAGAAAUUAACAGCCCUCUUAAUAAAACUAGAGGCUACCAUUCUUCUGAUAAUAUCGUAGGUUACACUGAAAGCGGCAAAAGCAGAGAAGAUUUGAGCGACACCAACAAUUCUUUAGUCAACGUACGUAAUAUCCCGAAAACAUGCCUCAAAUGUGCGAAGAUAAAAGAAAAUAUUGCGGUCACUGAUUCAAUGACAACAAUCCAUUCAAGAAAAUCCAGAUGUAAUGAUACAGAAAAAAGCAAGACAGAUACGUUGAGAUCCAAAUCUAAAGACGACCCUCAAAGAUCUAAGUUGUCUAAAAUAGGAACAUGGAGGAGAAAGUCUGAGCCUGGUUUGCCUCCAAAUACUAGUGUCACAAAGAAAUCCCAAGACAGUGACAGCGAACGCACCGAAUCCAGGGGUUGUGAAAAGAUAGAGUUUGAAUGCAGAAAUUGUGGCUCUAACAAAAUAACAAGAAAAGUAAGAAACACAGACGGAACCAUCAUAUCCGAUCCCGAAUUAGACAGCAGAAAGAGAACUCUUAAUGGUUCCAAUAAACUGAAUGUAGAAAUAAGAAUGUACAAUACAAAAAACAUACCAAAGAAAAUUUCUAAACUGAAGAAAAAUAGAGCGAAAGGCUUGAGACUUGGCUCCGAUACAACGGCUAAGUUCUAUGCUGAUUUCUCCACGGACGUGUCUACUGAGAAUAUCUUACACAUAUCAGAAUCAAACGAUAGUUUGAAUGUAGACAAGACAAAAGACGACACUCAAAACUCGGCUAUACCUGAAACGAUUAGCAAGGACGAAGACAUCGAUGAAGAAACAUACAAGAAGCUGAUAGAAAAAACUGAUUCAUUCAAAAAGAAUGAAUUAGAAAAAGUUAAGUACUUAAACAAACAAAAAGUGAUAACUGAAGGUACAGAAGCUGAGGAAAAAUCAUGUGAAAUUGAUGAAAGUCGCGAAGAGAUUCAAGAGAGCUGUGAAGAGAGUGAACAACCACUGGAACAAAUAAUAUCACAAUUAUUGAUGCAAAAUCGGGAGUUUCAGAAGUUAUUGAAGAAGCAACAACAAAAAAGCAGUGCGAAUAGACGACACCAACGGCUUUUAAAGUCACAUUCCAACCCAGAGCACGUCAUCAUAGCUCGUAAUACUGACUCUGUUAAACUUAAACCAAAAUAUGGACGACAGACUUCCGAAAACAUAGAUUUUAGUAAACCAGAAGAAAAUGAAGAUAUUGUCGACCAUGCUGUGCCAAAUCCACGUAUUGAGAUUGAGAAUGUGUCUGAUGAUGAUCAUAUCUACGAGACUUUGCGUGUGGAGAAUAGAGACGACGAAGACUUGCACAUCUUGAAUAACAAAAGUAAAGUAAUACAACAUCAUCCACACGUAACUAGACCUAAGAGGUUACCAUCGCCUCCAACAAACUUGUCCGAAAACACAAAAACUGGCCCAGAAUCAGACUAUGUGUAUCUAUCAUUUGAUAGGCUUAAUAACACGCAAGAUGAUGACGGCAUUUAUGACGUUCCUGUCAAAUCCCCAGAAAAAGUUGAAAGACUAGUGAAAACCGAUUAUUAUGUCGCUAUGGAACAUCAAGGUCCUCCUAACACAAACGAAGAGAAUCUAUACGAUAAUCUUCUUGAAGUUUGUAGACGGAAAAAGGACAUACCAGACACAUUACCGACUGACUAUUUGCCCAUGAGUCCAGACCAACAGAGUCCAAAUACACCUGAGAUAUGGUUGAGUCGACAGAAAGAACACUUCAAUGUUUCACGGGAUAGAAAAUCAGGAUCACUCCCCAGAAGUUUUCAAGUAGUCACAAGUACACAGGAAGAAAACAAUUUGAAUACAUUUAAAUAUAAACCAAAUAGCAAUAGUAAGACUUACUUGAAUAGAGAUGGCAAAGUCAUGAGCACUGAUCGACCUUUUACUAUUGCUUCAGACAAAAGUGAAAUAAGUUACGAUGAUGUUGAAAAUUAUAUGAGUGAAGGUGACAUACUAAAGUUCGCUAAAAAUAGUAAGGGGUCGGAAUCUGAAUUCGCUCAAAAUAUCAGUCAAUCCACAUUAGAGCUGGAAGAAGAGAUCGAUAGAUGUUAUAAAAACAACUUCGAAGAAAUCAAGUUAGACAAAAAUAAAAAUGAAAAUCUCUUAACAGUUUCCCAACCUAAUUUGAAUACAUCGACGACAUCUUCUUGUGAAGUUCUGCCAAUAGUUCGAAAUGACGAAAAGCCGGCUGAAAUAGAAGUGAUACAUCCAGAGCAUAAGAUCUACAAGCCAACGAGUAACAUACUAUCACUCAGGAAUGUGCUAAGUCGAUUUAAAAAUAAAACACCUAAUAAGAGCAGUGAUGAUGGUGAAGUCAACGCAAAUGAUCAAAGUAGUCCUGAUAGUGCAAAGUCUGAUCUAAAAAGUCCCACCAAUGAGAAAAGAUCUGCUUUGAAUCCGAGAAGCUAUUCGAAAAACUUACUUCAAAGAUUCAAGAGUAUCAUUGGCGACGAACAUCCUGAUGAUAACCACAAUAAACCAGAAGUAACUAAAACUCAAAUACCAACAGAAGAUACACAAAACAAUUUGAUCAAAAGUGACAUAAAAGUAGUUAUAACUUCGACAGACGUUAGUCUUACCACUUCUGUUACACAAGCUAACAAAGUUGAUGCCCUCAGUAAAAGUGUGUGUGAACACACCACACUUACUGAAAGUCAAAAUGAAAAGAACAACAUGGAACUACUAUCUCAAAGUUGUGACAAUAUCAAUCAAAAGCCAGAAGCAUUGCGUCCUACUUAUGAGAAAAGUGUAAGUUUAGUGACCAAUUUAACCACAUCCAUUAGCAGUACUUCAUCGCCUUCCAAAUCAAACAAUAGUUCCUAUCAGAGCCUGAACAAAUUGCCUAUUUACAUGCAAGGUAGUAAACAUUUAGGUGCCAGGAUAGCUCAGUCAGAUUACGUUGAUCCUAUGACACUGGUCAGUGAGAAAUCGACUUUCAAAAAUGUCAACGUUCUGAUUAAUAAAAACGCUGUAAGACCCGAUAGUCUGUUUUCUAAUUCGUCUUUUGUGACUUCGUCAAGCGAAGGUGCAUAUCAAGAGUGUAAGACAAAUAACAAUCAAACUACUACAGAUAAAGACAAGACUCUUGAUUCUCCGAUGCAGGCAAAUGCCGAUGAGAGCUAUUACGAGAAGAGCUUCGAAAAGAUAGAACACAUGACAGACGAAGACGUGUUCAGAGAUUCAGCAGUUUAUUCGGACCAAGAAGAUGUCGAUGAAUCUAAGACUGAAACCGGCUCUAAAGUCAGCAGGAUUGUAACACGGGUCGAAAGUAUGAAACGUAACACUUCAUUUAGAACUCAAAAAAGCACCAUUGUUACAAAUGUGAGCGAGAGAAUAAGUAAUAGUCGUAUAACAGUAACAACGAAUAAAGCUCAACACACAGAAACACACACUGCACAGAGAGUAGAUAUAGUAGAAAAAGUUAAACCUAAGAUAGCUCCACCCGUUCCAGUUAAGCCAAAAAUUUCAAAUAUUCCAUCUGCAACAUCUUUCCAAACAAAACCUAUUGGCAUUAACCGAAAUACUUCGUUGGCUAAAAAUCAAGAAAGAACAUCUUCCUCAGAAUCAGUAAAUAUGAAAACAAUUAAACGUAAUACUAACUUUAAACCUUCCGUCGUAAGAUCAGAGUCUACUCCUAGCGACAAACCUAAAGUUGGCGACGAAAAACCUAAACAAGACGAUUCAAAAGCAACCGAAGGUAUGGACGACUCUAAAUUGAAACCUCCUGGUAACAUCCAAAUAAAAAGACUUAGCUUCGAAAGAGCAAGCCUCGAUUCCGCGACGAGAAAAAUUAAGGCAGCUGAAAUCAAAAAGCCUUUAGAACAGCCGAAAACGUCGAAAUCCGUUUUGGAAAGGCGAAUGGAGAUCGAGCAAAUGUCUAAGAGCCAAAUAGUGAAGCCCAAUCAGGGUAUAAAGAAGCCUAAUCAAUUAGUUAAGCCUAAACCAAUUACAACGAAGGUUGCUACUUUUGAACGAAGUUUAAGUGACAAUAGUUCUAAAGAUAUAAAGGUUACACCAAGUAGUAGUACAGAGAAAGCCAACAUUCCUACAAAAAUAGAGCCCGAGAAAUCUGAGUCGUUCGAAAAUGACCCCAAAAGCAGCUGGGUGAAGCAAGUCGUCAACAAAUUCCAAUGAGCUUAAUCGAGUGAUAAUUGCAUUUAGAAUGAAAUCCAUCCGUCUGUUUUUGUACUCCUAUUUUAAAAUUCCUUCAAUGUAUGAUAUCGAACUAAUUUUAAGAUAACUGGUAAAUCUUUGUAAAUAAUCGUUUAUCAAACCUCUUUGAGCUUUGAUGUCUUGUGCCAUAGACAAGAUUGUAAACAGGGUGUCCCAAAAUGGGUGAAUAAAAUUGCUUAAAAAAUACUAAGAAAAAAAAUUGCAAUGCUGGCAGC